GGGGAGAGUCUGUCUCCUGGCUGCAGGGUAGGACUAUAAGACGGGGGGUGUUUGUUGACCCCGCCAGGGAUAACUUCCGGACAAUGACCAGUCUGUACUGCUCCAUGAACCCGGCUGUGGAGUCAGUGAACCUGAGCACCCAGACCCACGGAGCCGUGUUCAACCUGGAGUACUCCCCGGACGGGUCUGUGCUAACUGUGGCCUGUGAACAGACCGAGGUGCUGCUGUUCGAUCUCUCCUCCAGACACAUCAAAACUCUGACGGAGGCCCACGAGGACUGUGUGUCAAACAUGCAGUUUUUGGACAAUCGUUUGUUUGCCACCUGCUCGGACGACACCACCAUUGCAUUAUGGGACCUCCGUAAGCUGAACUCCAAGGUUUGCUCGCUGCACGGCCACGCCAGCUGGGUGAAGAACAUCGAGUACGACACCAACACUCGUCUACUCGUCACGUCCGGCUUUGACGGCAACGUGAUCACAUGGGACACGAACAGGUCUGUGGACGACGGAUGCCCACACAAGAAGUUCUUCCACACCCGCUACCUGAUGAGGAUGCGACUGACGCCCGACUUCAAGAUGCUCAUCUCCACGUCAUCGGGGUAUCUGCUCAUCCUCCAUGACCUGGACCUCACACAGUCCCUGGAGGUGGGCAGUUACCGAUUGCUGCGCGCUCGGCGGACGCCGCUCAGCUCAGAUGGAGGUACGUCAGCGUCCAGGUCGUCUGCGACUCCUCGGCAGGGAAACGACUCCAGCAAAAUCCACCCUCACAGAGAAGGCCUUUCCCCCAGGAACAGUCUGGAGGUGUUGACUCCAGAGAUCCCCGGAGAGAGGGACCGAGGGAACUGCAUCACCUCCCUGCAGCUCCACCCCAAAGGCUGGGCCACGCUGAUCCGCUGCUCCAGCAACAUGGAUGACCAGGAGUGGACGUGUGUGUAUGAGUUCCAGGAGGGGGCGCCCACCCGCCCGCUGGUCUCCCCCCGCUGCUCCCUCCGUCUCACCCACUACAUCGAGGAGGCCAACGUGGGGCGGGGCUACAUAAAGGAGCUGUGCUUCAGCCCGGACGGCCGCCUCAUCUGCUCGCCAUACGGAUACGGCGUGCGGCUGCUGGCGUUCGACGAGCGCUGCGGCGAGCUGGCCGACUGCCUGCCCGUCCAGACCAGCGUCCUGAAGGAGAUCCGCUCCAUCUACUCCCACAGCGACGUGGUCCUCACCACCAAGUUCUCCCCGACACACUGCCAGCUGGCCUCGGGCUGCCUCAGCGGACGCGUGGCGCUCUACCAGCCCAAGUUUUAGCUGCAUACGGGGGCGCCCGCCCACCCGGGGAAACA